AUGGAUUUCUCUGAGUACACCGGCCCCAGCGACGAGUGGGUUGCCCUUGAGCGCGAUCUGCCCGCUGACGUCCCUGAUCUCGACCCCAACCAGCUCAAGGACGCCGUCAACAAAACCCGCGAGGAGGGCGCAGCCCGUGAGCUGAUCGAGCAGGGCCUCUCUUCCAAGGUAACACUGCGCGACCACACCAUCCCCACCCGCGACGGCUACAGCCUGGAGGCACGCAGCUACAGGCCCGCAAAUGUAAGCCCGUCUGAGCCUCUGCCUAUCUACAUUCACCUGCAUGGAGGCGGUUUUUUGUUCGGCACGCUCUCAUCCGAGGAUGCAACCUGCGCGCGGAUUGUCGCCUCACUCCACGAGCAAAACACGCCCGUCGUCGUCGUGAACGUCAACUACCGCCACACCCCAGAACACAUUUACCCGACUGCCUGGAACGACACUGAAGACGCCUUUCACUGGAUUCACGACCACCUUUCAGAAAUCGGUGGCGAUGGAGAGCGCCUCGUCAUGGGCGGUAUCUCCGCCGGCGCAUGGCUGACUGCAUCGACGACGAUCGCUCAGGCAACAGGCAGAAACAAAGACCUUGCGCAACGCCCUAAGAUCAAAGGACAGGUUCUUAUGAUUCCUCCGCUGGCACAUUAUAACUGCUAUGACCCGCAGCUGGCGCAGAUCCGGGACCCCAGCGUGUCGAGCUACGUGGAAAACCGCGAUGCGCCGGUUCUGCCAUUCAAGAGAAUGGAGCUCUUUACGUCAUUGCUCAAGGUUACCGGCGGGAAGGAGGUUGAGAAGGAUCUGAGGCUCAACCCAGGGAAUGCGAGCAAGGAAGAUGUCAAGGGACUGCCGCCAUCGACGUUCGGGGUCGCUGGGAUGGAUGUCCUCAGGGAUGAGGGGCUGUUAUAUGCGAAGCUGCUCGCUGAGAAUGGGGUUCCUACACAAACGAAUGUCUUCAAGGGUGUCCCGCAUGGCUUUAGACGGUAUGGAGAUCGGCUGUCGGUGUGCAAGAAGUGGGACGAGGUCAUGGCAGGGGGGAUCAAGUGGGCACUGGAUGAUCCUGCUCCAGGUCCUUUUGAGAUCCAUGCUUUCUGA